AAUCCGAUAAGGCACAGCAGUUUUCCCACGGAACAAGCCAUCUUGCGGUGUGAGUAAGCGUGUGUGCGUGUUUUUUCAUGUGCACUUGGCCCAUUUUGAAUAACGGAACGGGAUGUAUCUGUGUGUGCGUGCAUGAAGUGAAGUGCUAGCAUAGUACAUGUGCUUAGUGUUGUGCUAUAUCAAAAGUGUAUAAAAUAUGAAAAUGGUGCUAAAUGUUGGUACUGCCAGGACGUCUAAAUGAUCUCCCAGUGCAAGGUGGCUAAAAUUCUAUGCGUGGCCAGUCAAAGCAUCCGCUUAGAAGAGCAGUUACAAAGUACAAUGAAGAGUGCGUGUGAGUAUGCGGUUUUUCUGAUAAAUCAAGCAAAAAUUACUAUUAGUGUGCUAGAAAAUGCGGUUGACGUUCGUAUUUCUCGCUCAUUAUGGAAGCAAGUGAGAACGCGUGUACGCAUCCAUCAAAACCCAUUACCGCACUACCGUGUGAAGUGGUUUGGGAAAAAUAAACAAGAAACAAUCAGGUGCGAGUGCUUUCCGUGUGCACGAUGAAGAAAAAGCACUAGGCAUGUUAUAUGAUCGAAGUGACGCAGCAGAACAAGUGAGAACGCGGCAAUCAUUGGGUGUGUAAUCAUUCCCGACCGGGUGUUAAUAUCACUUUCAUUCCCCUUAAUACCGAUGGAAGGGAGGCACGCAAUCAACGGCGAGCCUGCAAAGGGUACGUGUGUUUGUGUGGAAAAUUCUAUGUGAAGCUCUCGCUCACACUCGAGAUCGCAAUGAGGAUCGUGGCCACAAAGCAACUGCUACGAAGCGAGGAACGCCACCACCGACGCCGCUGUUCACGUGGGAUCCAUUUGUUGUUCGGUGACUGGACUCGUGAUAUAAUCAAUUUUCAUGAACCACUGAACAAAAGCAUUAAGUUGAUAGCUGAAGGCUUCUCUGGCGUAAUGAGUAGUUUGCUGUGCAAGUUACUGAAACUGAAAAGAACAUUUUACCGUACUUUAUCGUCAUAAAUUCCCCUCAAAAUGAACUGCGGGAGAAAAAGUUUUAAGAUGAACAAGAUGAACUCCUAUUCGAAAGCGCGAAAGAGCUCGAUACGUGCGAAAAGUAAAGAGGAAAUGAGAGAGAACAGAACGUUCGGCAUUAGUCGGAGCUCGUUCGUUUGUUUCGCGAUGCCGACGCAGAGGCUCGACCCUUGGCUUUGCGUACAUGGAAAGCGUGAAACUUGGAAUAAACUUGAAGCCAACAUCGAGCAUGCAAGGUGUGUAUUGUUCGCUAUCCGUCCGGUGAAGGAUUGCGCGUGUGACCAUUGCAUUCUUCCACUAGCGAGCGUUCGAGCUGUAUCGCGCGUAUUUCGGAGUGGUGUAAGGCGACAACUACCACUACAGGCAAACGGGAAAUUGUGUUUUAAUCGAUCAUUAGUGAAACGUUUCGAUUCGAUUCGAAAACAACGAGCAAAAAGCACCGGCCACCGGGCGAUGUGAAAGAAGUGCGUAAAUUGGCGCUGCAGAAAAUGGAAGUGAAAUUAAAUUUGUCUCAUUAAGGGUUGAUUGGAUUUUAGCGGAGCAGUUCAGUUGUGAAGCGUGGAAAUUCCGACCAUAGUGACCAUCCGUUCCAUCUCCAAUGAUGAUGGUGUUUCGUGCCAUAUGCUGUGGGGCAUAGUGUGCUGUGUAUUGCCACCUAAUUUGAAGUUCCAGCCACAAGCUCUAUGGCUCAUUUGUGCGGGAAUAGCAAAUAGAAUAACAAAUAAGUCAGCAGUUUGCUGACAGUGAAGUGUGUCACUGUGUACGAUCGUUCUUUGACGAGGCAAAAUUGAAUUCAAAUACGAUCGAUCAAAACGGAACGGAGAGUGAAUAGCAGAACUGCCGAGCAGUGACUUUGAAAUACGUCUGGAGGAGGAUUACUAAGACGAUGACCAUGUCGCAUCUACUGAAGCAGACGAAAAAAUGCUGUGCGAAGAUUAUUCGCAAGCUGUCCUUCAAUCCGGCCUCUACUACGAACGGAAGCAGUGCUGUAGAUCAGUCACCCACCAACAAUGGUCAUGGGCUGAACAAUCGCAUAACGGCCAAGUAUGUGCUGCACAAAAACUGUACACCAACCCGGUGUAAGAUUCAACCAAGAGACUCCAGCAUCGUGGACGAUGUUGCUGUCGAGGGUUGGAUGGAAACGCGAAUGGAACAGGAUAAUGGAUUCUAUGCGCUAGGUGAUGGAGGAUCUCCAAAUCCAUCUCCACCGCCCAUUCCCGAAACGCAGAACAACUACAAACUGAGUCGAAGCAUGAAGAAUCUGCCCAAGAAGCGUACCAAUAUCACCAGCAACAAGAAUGUCAACCUUCGCAAAUGCUUCCGGCUGCGCUCGAAGACUUUCGAUGGACCACUAACGGAGGGUGAAUCGGUGAGGACUACGUCCGAAACGCUUGGCAGCUCUCCCUCCAUCGUUGAGGCCGGUAUGGGUGAGCGGCGGGAAGUAGUGGUCGCCGACUCAAUGACUCUAGCGAGUAACAACAGCAGUAGCAGGUUGCUCGGGGCUAAGCUGGAUAAGAUCAGCAAAAGCCUGAUGCGUUCCGGUGAUGGGGAAGGAUCGCUGGACAUUGCAAAACCGCUCUUCCUAUCCGCCAGUAAACAUCGGCGUAGUAACUACAAUCACAUCGAAGGUGAUGACGAGGACGCGGUGAGAGAUAGUGAUGAGAGUCAGCUUCAGGCACGCUGGAGACAAGAUGAAGAGCUAGUCCUAACGUCUGCUGCCAGUACAACCACCCUGGGCAGGAGAGAACAACGGUUAGAACAGGAGACAACCCUAUCGACGAUGGUGGAGGAAGAUCCUGCUGUACAGACACCGUCGGUCAUGGAGCGACUGACGGUUGCCGAAACGGCUGCAGCACUUCUCUUCGAGAAGGUUAAGUAUGACCGUACCAAGCGUUACCUGAUCGAUCAGCUUACGGACGCUGCUGGAGAGCGUGGCGGUACACCAAGCUCAUCAUCCUGUUGUUCGUCACCGUUACAUUUGGCGAAAAGUGAUGAUUUUGUCGAUCCGUGGAAGAACUACAACAUCCGUGGUGGUGCCAGUUGGGACAAAGUGUCCAAAAGUCCAUGGGAUUCUUCCGCCAAACCGAGCCCGGUUCGUGGUGAUAUCUGUAAGGCGCCUUCAUCGGCCCAAACGUCUCUGGACAUUGCGCAACAGCAGCAGACGCACCAGCAUCCAACCAUCCCCGCUUACCAACCGAUGCGUACACAUUGGAACCCAUUCGAAUAUUCGCCUGCUCAUCUGGCAAGGCUUACCGGUGCGUCCCAGCAGACACCAUCUCCACACCACCACCAGCAAUACCGACCAGCGUUCCAGGUGCAAACGGACGUUUGGGAGAAUCUCAACAGCAAGCACUACGAGAUCGACACGGAUGUGGUGUGGCGAUCGACACGCUGCUCGUCUCGACGUACCAGCGCCAGCACGGUGGAGACAUGGAUCGACGACGAAACGUUCGAUAACUCGUUCAACGAGGAGCUCGAGCGUCGCUGUGCAACACUCAAGAUCUGUGAGUGAGUGCCAUCGGGAUGUGCGGCAAACUCUAACGUCCAAUUCCGUCCGACAGUGGACCACUCGAGUGGAUCACUCCUUCUCUUCCAAUUUGCAUACCUGUAUGGAAGAUUGUUUGAAGUGAGUGUGCCCAACUCGGAACCUCCGCAUCGCCAUUAUCGUGUCAACCAUGUGCGUUGAGGCACUCUAAAGGCAAUAUUAGAUAGCAACACACGCUUGUGGUGUCCAGUACCCAGGGUGCCAUCGAAGCAGGGAAAGGGAAAAUAUUUCUUUUGAUGAUAAUUAUGUUGGUUUUUUUGUGAUAUAGAGUACAGUAUGCGUAUAUUUCACUCUUUUCAGUUUAAAAGUUGUACUUUGAUUUAGUUCUUACACACCAGAAGUACAUUUAAUAUUUAAAAAACCGCGUUUAGAGAACAAGCGAAAGUGAUAAUAAUGUAAUGAAAUUCCUAAAAGUUAAAAAAUGAUGCUCUUAACAUGUGUUUCAUAUCAAACAACGCAAGAAACUAUGACAUAUUUCCCAAUACUAAUCGGGAAUUUAUUUCUUCAAGAUUUCAUAUCCACUUUUACCUGUAGGAAUGCACUAAAAUAUAGUAUCACUACAGAAAGAAGGAGCAAUAAUUCACUUUGAUUUGAUCCCUAAACGUCGUGUAAACGCUACAUCUCCAGCAUGCAUGCGUGUGUAAAUAAUCGAUCGUACUAUUGAUUAGUGUGCGAAUUGUUUUACUAAUGCGUAAGAAGCCUUUACCAAGAAUCUUGUCAUGUAUGCAAUCAGGGAAUGCUAAUGUGUGUGUGUGUGUGUGUGAAUGGGAAGAGAUAUACGAAGCUAAGAUGGACGGGCCAUGGAACACGAGAAUGCUUACCCGCUUAAUUGAGAGAACGUGAAGCUUUAAUUAGUGUUUUGUAUUCACAGUGAAAGCACAGCACCACAAACAAGUGUAAAAGAAAAACACACACAAACACCUAAUCACAGCUCUAGCAUCCGAAGAGAUUAGAAUAAACAACAAUCAAAUAAAAGGCGACCAUUAACAAACGCGGGCCCCUUAGAUUCGUGAUUGAAAGGAGAAUCGUACGGAAAUUAGAAACCAUUAACAGAAGGCAAGAAGGAAGCGAUAAUAAAGGGAUCAAGUUGGUCCUUGCGCUGGGGAGUAGUGGGUGAGAGAGAGAGGAUGAUUAUCGGAGGAGGAAGGUGAGGGGACAAUCCGUAACGAACGAAGUACAAAGCAACUGUGAAAAGUGAGGUUAGAACGAUCUUAGUAGCCCGUUUCGAAGGUGCUGGGCACGUCUGUAUCCUGCGUUGCUACACAAGAAGCAAUGUGGAUGCUUGAUCUCAUCAAGUUGAUCUGUUCCGAAACCUGAUUACCUGAAGGGAACGAUCGUAAUGGGGGGUUUGUGAAAAUGAAUAACAGAUACUGCAUUUUGGGGAAGAAAACGUGUGUGAUUAUGAUCUUUACAACUGUAUAAGAAGUCCCAGUCGUUAGGUUUAGUUGUAUUAACUUCGGGAAGCGGGAGAGUAAUAAUGAUAAUUAUGAAUAGAAAAACCACGAAAGUGUGAUCAUCAAUAUAAACCUCCCCAGCAACAAAAUUGUCAUGCUCUCUCGUUAUAACUAAUCCACAAGCAAACCUGUCGAAGCGAGAAAGCAUGACGAUUUUGCUCGAUGGGUUUUGUUUCUUUUUUAUUUCUUAUAUCACACACACACACAUAAACGGGGAAGAGAAGUCCCAACAGAAAGUGAAGGCCAAAAACAUUCCAGGUUUGUAUGAAUCACGACCGAUUUGUGUGGGUUUUUGGCCGGUAGAUAUAUGCAACAACCACCCCCAUCCACCAAACGGAAUGCAUUUUUCCCUCCUCCAAACCAGCUCCACCAGCAUCUGACAAUGGUGGAAUGUGACCGAACGGGAUUCUUUUUCCUUAAGCAACAAACGUGAAAAUGGCUUGGGAAACGGCGAUUUGAUCGUUUCUCAUGCCACGCUCUCCAAAGGUCUCCAAAAAGGUCAUUCCCUGCUUGCUGUAUGCUACCAGAAAAGUACAAAUGCAGGAUAGAAGACCAAGGUAAGAAAGAUAUAGACAGAGAGAAUAAUGUGUGUACGAUGUCUUGUUCGUGGUUCAAGCUUCUUACGAGCAUUUUUAAGGCGAAAAAGUAACAGGAGCGAAGAACAUGCGUGAAGGUAAUAUUUUAUUAAUUUUCAAACCAACUUCAACAUGUUUAUCACCCGAGCGCUGACAUAAGAAGAAACAAAAAAGCAACUCCCGAACAAAUAUAUCGCCUGCGUUGGUAGAAGUUUUCUUGCACGGUCAUGCAAACAUUUAAAAGCAUCACAAUUAGCAUCACAAAGCAUCAAAAGUUAGAUAAAUGAAGUGCAUUUUGUCGAAAUGGAAGCAUAAAUGCCGAAACACACCCUGACCACUACAGCACAAAUCGAAAGGAAUGCGAAAAACUACCACAUUCAUCAAACAUACGCACGAAACACAAAACAAAAUUACUUUGUUGUAAAGGCAAGAAUCUAAUAAAAAAAACGAAUAAACAAACAAAUGAAACAAAACUGAAAAUACUAACA